UGGUUAAAACUAUGGUAUUUGAGCGAGUUAAAGAUGUAUCUCUCUCCCAUUCCAUAGGGAAUGAGCCGAGCUGUCCUUGUACACCACGUCCACCUGCACUUCGUUAGAGAGCAGUGUGUUCACAUGCCACACCACAAGCUCCCCACGAUGACAUAACUCCAUUCAGAGACUGGCGUGACGGGACUGUUUCCCCCCACCCCUCUUCAGCUCUUGUAUCACUAAGAAUCUGGCAGCCAGUUCCAUCCUGACAGAGUUUACAGCAUAUAUUGGUGGAUUCUUGUUCCUAGUGCAUCUGCUUUAAGAAUUAAGGAAAGCAGUCUCAGGACAGUAAGGAUUCAACCCAUUUGCCGAAAAUGAAUCUAAGUACAUUUAUUGUCUUCUUGACAUUAAUUGGGGUUAGUGUUGCUGGUGGUGGUUACUACUAUGAUUAUGACUCACCCCUAUCAAUUUAUGGGCUAUCAUCACCAAACUGUGCCCCAGAAUGUAACUGCCCUGAAAGCUAUCCAACUGCCAUGUACUGUGAUGGAUUGAAGUUGAAAAGUGUGCCAAUGGUGCCUCCUGGAAUCAAGUACCUUUACCUUAGAAAUAACCAGAUUGAUCACAUUGAUGAAAAGGCCUUUGAGAAUGUCACUGAUUUGCAGUGGCUCAUUCUAGACCACAACCUUCUAGAAAACUCCAAGAUAAAAGGGAGAAUUUUCUCUAAAUUGAAACAACUGAAGAAGUUGCAUAUCAACUAUAACAAUCUGACAGAGUCUGUGGGCCCACUUCCCAAAUCUCUGGAGGAUCUGCAGCUUACUCAUAACAAGAUCUCAAAGCUCGGCUCCUUUGAGGGACUGGUGAAUCUGACCUUCAUCCAUCUCCAACACAACCAGCUGAAAGAGGAUGCUAUUUCAGCCGCAUUCAAAGGUCUUAAAUCACUCGAGUACCUGGACUUGAGCUUCAACCAGAUGACCAAACUCCCUUCUGGUCUCCCAGUAUCUCUUUUGACUCUCUACCUAGACAACAAUAAGAUCAGCAACAUCCCUGAUGAGUAUUUCAAGCGUUUUAGUGGGCUGCAGUAUCUGCAUUUAUCUCACAACGAACUGGCUGACGGUGGAGUACCUGGAAAUUCUUUUAAUGUAUCAUCCUUGAUUGAACUGGAUCUCUCCUAUAAUAAACUUAAAAGCAUACCAACUGUCAACGAAAACCUCGAAAACUAUUACCUGCAAGUCAAUGAACUUGAAAAGUUUGAGGUAAAGAGUUUCUGUAAGAUCCUGGGACCCUUAUCCUACUCCAAGAUCAGGCAUUUGCGCUUGGAUGGCAAUCGCAUCACCCAAAUCAACCUGCCGCCUGAUAUGUUUGAAUGUCUACGUGUCGCAAAUGAAAUCGCCCUUAAUUAAUAUCUGCUGACCCCAACUAUAUUGUGAUGUAUCCUAAAACAAUACUUUAUGGUUCUGAUUUUUUUUUUAUGUGUCAGAUUUGGUAGUAUCCAUUUUUAUUUGUUGUUUAGUACUUGCAUGGAUUUUAAAAUCUGAGGGAAAAUGUUUUGUAAACAUUUACUACUUUUUUUUUUUAAGAAAAGAUGAAAGGCAGGCCUAUUUCAUCACAAGAACACACACAUACACACAUAGAUACCAAACUCAAUGCUUUAUUUGUAGAUGUAGUGUUUUCUUUAUCUCUAUUGUCAAAUUAUUUGCAAAGCCAUUUACUGGUUGCAUGGCAGUCAGCCAAGUUUUGUGAGCUCUACAUCUUAACUUAA